AUGGCGGAUGAACUCCCGUUAUGGUUCCCACCCAUGAGUAGCGACGAUUCAUCCGAUAGUAGCAUUCUUUUUUUUCAAAAUCUCAUCGAAGAAGCCGAACUUCAAGAUACCGGCACAUCUAACCGAAGGAGAUAUAUUGAACGUCAACGUAAGGAGGGGCAUGAGACACUCAUGGCGGAUUAUUUUGUCGAAGACCCGAAGUACAACGAAGAUAUCUUUCGGCAUAGGUUCCGUAUGUCGAAACGUUUGUUUCUAAAAAUUGUGUCCGAUGUGGAAGAGAACGACCCGUGGUUUGUAGAGGCCCCCGAUGCGCGAGGUAGGAAGGGCUUUACGCCCUUGCAAAAGGUGACAUCGGCUAUUAAACAGCUCGCAACUGGAAACACUCCAGACGAGAACGACGAAGUUCUUACGUAG